AUUGUCAUUGUCCAGGCAAUCUGUCAAAAAGAAAGUUAAAAGGGGUUAACACAAGCUUCGCUUUGCAGUUUGAGUUCAGUAUGCCCUGCUUCCAGGGUAGCACAACACCCCCAGAUCCAGGAACUUCAUCUGUGCUGCUUCCCCCCUGCCCAGGAUGGGGAGAUUGAGCCCAGCUGCCCCCGUGCUCCAGUUCACCUGGGCCCACUGGGCCUCCUGGAGCAGCCUGGAACCUCAUGGGGCCUGGAGCAUCCCGAAGCAUCCCAGAGAUGCUCUACAGAGCCUGGAGCACCCCCGACGCCAGAGCAGCCUGGGGUCUGAAGAUCCUCGAUACCGGGGCACCCUGAUAGCGCCACCCAGAGCCCGGAGCAUCCCUCCGAGGCCUGGAGCAUCCCCGAUGCCAGAGCAUUCCAGUGGAGCCCCCCAGAGCCCGAAGCAUCCCGGCGCCUGGAGCAUCCUUUCUCGACGCCCGCGGGAGGGCGCGCCGAGCACCGAGCGGCCUCUCCCGGGACGGGGGAGGCGAAGGGGCCGGGCCGAGGAGACGCGAGGCUGCGGCGUCGCACGGGGCCGCGGCGGCGGCGGGGCCAUGGCGCUGGUGGAGGCGGCGGAGGCGGCGGAGGCGACGGUGCCAUGCCGGGUGCAGUACUUGGAGGACGGGGAUCCCUUCGCCUUCGGCAGCUUCCCGGAGCCCCGACGAGCCCCGGUUUACGCCGUGGAGGAGGCGCUGGCCCUGGGAGCGCAGCUGCCCGCGCUGCACCGCCUGGUCGGGGCCCCGCUGCCGCUGGAGGACUGCACGCUGCAGGUCUCACCCUCUGGACACUACCUGGACCUUGACCUGUCCCUGCUGGAACAGAAGGAUGAUCUGGAGGGUUUCUAUGAGGAGGUCAGGAAAGGGAGACGGCCAACCCUGAUCCUGCGCACGCAGCUCUCUGUCCGAGUCCACGCCAUCAUCGAGAAGCUGUACAACUCGCAGGGGCCGGAGCUGCGGAGGUCUCUCUUCUCCCUGAAGCAGCUUUUCCAGGAGGACAAGGACCUGGUGCCAGAGUUCGUGAACCUGGAGGGGUUGACAUGCCUGAUCAAAGUGGGGGCAGAGGCUGACCAGAACUACCAGAAUUACAUCCUCCGGGCCUUGAGCCAGAUCAUGCUCUUCGUGGACGGGAUGCAGGGUGUCAUCAACCACAACGAGACUGUCCAGUGGCUGUACACGCUGUCAGGAAGCUCAUUUCGCCUGGUGGUGAAGACGGCACUGAAGCUGCUCCUGGUGUUUGUGGAGUACACAGAGCCCAAUGCCUUGCUGCUCAUCCGCGCCGUCAAUGCCGUGGACCAGGCCAGAGGUGCCUGUCCGUGGUCCAACCUCAUGGCCAUCCUGGAGCAGCGCAACGGGGCUGACACGGAGCUGCUGGUGUUCACCAUGACACUGAUCAACAAGACGCUGGCAGCCCUCCCAGACCAGGACACCUUCUACGACGUGACGGACUGCCUGGAGCAGCAGGGCAUGGAGCAGGUGGUGCAGCAGUACCUGGGCAGCAAGGGCACUGACCUCGACUUGAAGCAGCAGUUCACACUCUAUGAGAGUGCUCUCAAGCUGGAGGAUGAUGUGGAAGAGCCACCCCCGGGGGGUCGCAAAGAGCGGAGGAGGACAGACGAGGGCCGGCGUGGGUGGCGAUCCCAGGGUGGCUCCCAGGAUCCCAGUGCCGAUGCCCAGCUGGGGUCACCUGGCACUCCAAAAGAGCCCCCAUCUGAGGACACCCUUCCUGUCCCUGCACCGAGCAGCCCAGCAGAACCCUGUCCCACCAGUAUCUACAACAGCACUUCCAGUGUGCGGCUGGCCCUGGCCUCCCCCCCGGCCGAGAAGGAGCAGCCCCCGUGCCCAGGAGAGCGCAGCGUCUACAAAGCUCGCUUUUUGGAGAACCUGGCUGCAGCACAGAAGGAGAAGAUCUCUUCCAUGGCCAAGGGACGGCUCGAUGUCCUCAGUGACACUACACUGGAGCAUCCUACUGCUCUUGCAUGGGAAAGAGCCCAUGGCACCUCUGAUUCGGGGAUGGAGCCACCCAGCACAGGAUCUCGUUUGGGUCGAUCUGACACCACUGACUCCCGCAGCACCAUAUCCUCUGACACCAAGUUUAUGCUGGACAUGCUCUAUGCCAAGGGCUCCUCAGAGUCAGGGAGGGAGAAGGUAUCCCAUGAAAUGCCUUUAUCCCCCCGGAUCCAGGGUGAGGCAGAGAUGGACACCAAGGAAAGUAGCAGCCAGGAACAGGAGAGUGCCCGGCUCCGUGGCAGGGCUCCCGACGGGCCAGUAGCCAGUGCCCAUGCCAAGCUGGUACGUGCCAUGUCCAGCAUAGAUGAUGAAACCCACACGCAGAAGCUGGAGAACACUGGGAUGAUGCCCAUCAAAAAGGACACGGAGCUGACAUGGGAGCGCCUGGAGACCAUCCCUGUGCAGCUGAAGAUCAAGGACCUGGACUUCACUGAUCUGGGCGAAGAAGAGGAUUUUGACAUCCUGGACACGGGGCCAAUGACCAACGGGUCUUUCCUCCAUCCUGGCAUUGAAGCAAUGAGUGCUGGAACAUUCAUGGCUCCCCCUCCACCUCCUGCCCUCCCUGGUUGCCCACCACCACCACCUCCACCUCCCGCCUUCCCUGGUUGCCCACCACCACCUCCUCCACCUCCUGCCCUCCCUGGUUGCCCACUACCACCACCACCUCCUCCACCUCCUGCCCUCCCUGGUUGCCCACCCCCACCAGGGCUGCCAGGUCCCUCAACAACAGAUGGCCCCUCCCAAGCCAAGAAGAAGAGGACAGUGAAGCUCUUCUGGAAGGAGCUGAAGCAGCUGGAUGGCACUGUGGGGCCUGGCAAAUUUGGCCAGGGGACACUCUGGGCAUCCCUGCAGAAUGUCGAGGUCAAUGCUGCCAAACUGGAGCAUCUCUUUGAGUCACGGUCAAAGGAAGCACCAACCUCAAAGAAAGCCAUGGAUGGAAAGAAGGUGGUGGUGGUGUUGGAUCCCAAGAGGAGCAAUGCCAUCAACAUUGGGCUCACUGUCCUGCCACCCGUCCAUAUAAUCAAGACAGCUGUGCUCAACUUUGAUGAGUUUGCAGUCAGUAAGGAAGGGAUUGAGAAAAUCCUAACCAUGGUCCCAACUGAGGAGGAAAAACAGAAGAUCCAGGAGGCCCAGUUGGCCAAUCCUGAUGUGCCUUUGGGCUCUGCAGAGCAGUUCCUGCUCUCCCUGUCUUCCAUCAGUGACCUCACUGCCAGGCUCCAGCUCUGGGCCUUCAAGCUGGACUAUGAGAGCCUGGAGCAGGAGAUCGCAGAGCCACUCUUUGAUCUGAAGGUCGGCAUGGAGCAGCUGGCCAGAAAUCACACAUUCAAGUGCAUAUUGGCCACACUGCUGGCCACGGGCAACUUCUUGAAUGGUUCCCAGAGCAGAGGCUUUGAGCUUGGCUACCUGGAGAAGGUCUCAGAAGUGAAGGACACAGUGCACCGGCAGUCCCUGCUCUACCACCUCUGCCAGAUGGUGGUAGAGAAGUUCCCAGAAACCACUGACCUCUACUCAGAAAUUGCCUCCAUCACCCGCUCCGCCAAGGUUGACUUUGAAGAGCUGGCCAACAGCCUGGUGCAGCUGGAGCGGAGGUGCAGGUCCUCCUGGCACAACCUGAAGGUGAUUGCCAAGCACGAGACCAAGCCAGUGCUGAAGACGAAGCUGACAGAAUUCCUCAAGGACAGCACCCAGCGCAUCAUCGUCCUGAAGGUGGUGCACAGGCGUGUCCUCAACAGGUUUCACUCCUUCCUGCUGUACCUGGGGUACCCAGCGAGCGCGGCGCGGGACGUGAAGGUGACGUCCAUCUGCAAACUGCUGCGGGAGUUCGCCCUGGAGUACCGCACCUGCCGGGAGCGCGUCCUGCAGCAGCAGAAGAAGCGUGCUGCCCACCGCGAGCGCAGCAAAACCCGGGGACGGCUCAUCACCGAGACUGAGAAAUUCUCCGGCAUUGCUGAGGCCAUCCUGCCGCCUGCCGUGGUGUCCAGCAGCCCCAAGGAGCAGAUGGAAGCGGGUCACGAGAGCAUGAAGAUUGUGCUGACCUCCCCUACAGAUGCCCCUGCCCGCCGCAGCCGGGCCAGCCAGGGAACAGGGCAUGGCACCCCAACCCAGGGCUCUCCAGCACAGGAGGACGUUCCCAGCUCCCCCGAUGAUGCUUCAGAUGAGAUCAUGGACCAGCUGGUGAAAUCGGUGACUCACAAUGCCAACCCCCGACCCUGCCCCAACAAGGAGCGCAGGAGGUCCCGUGGCAAUAGGAAGUCCUUGCGGCGGACGCUCAAGAGCGGGCUCAGUGAUGACCUGAUGCAGGCGCUGGGCCUGGGGCGGGCACCCGGCAUGGAGGUUUGAGGGGGCCGAGGGGGCUCUUGCUCCCCACUGCCAGCAGCACCAGGGCAGGACGUGAUGGCAGCCCCUGCAGCUCCAGGAUAGGCACGCUCCGCACCUCCACCUCACCUCACUCUUCCCUGCUGGCCUCCAGCUCCUGGAGGUGCAGGCAGUGGGAUGGGAGUCAGGCCCCAGAGCUGCUCCAUGGCGACCAGGAUGGACAAUGCUCAGCACUCAUGCUUGGAAGCUCAAGGUUCAUCUUCUCAACAGUAUUAGAGGGGUCAUGGGGCUGGAUCCAGACCCCCUCUGGGAACUGGGUCUCACUCACGGCUGCUGUGCCGUGAUCAAUAAAAUGAUCUGAUAUGCUG